CUUGCUUCUAGCAUGAUGUCCUAUCUCAAACAGGCCCCGUACGGCAUGAACGGGCUGGGCCUGAGCGGAGCUGCCAUGGACCUGCUGCACCCGUCUGUGGGAUAUCCCGCCAACCCGCGGAAGCAGCGCAGGGAGCGAACCACCUUCACCAGGACUCAGCUGGACAUUCUGGAGUCGCUGUUCGCCAAGACCCGUUACCCGGAUAUCUUCAUGAGGGAGGAGGUGGCGCUGAAAAUUAACUUGCCGGAAUCAAGAGUGCAGGUCUGGUUUAAGAACAGACGAGCCAAGUGUCGGCAGCAGCAGCAGAGCAGCAACAGUGCCAAGGUAAAACCACUGAAGAAGAAGUCAUCUCCAACCAGAGAGAGCACUGGUUCAGAGAGCAGCGGUCAGUUCACUCCGCCAGUAGUGUCCAGCUCCUCCUCCACCUCUUCCUCUUCAUCCGCCUCCUCUUCCUCAUCUGUCUCCUCUGGUCUAAGUGGACCUGGUCUUAUUAGCACAUCUACCUCCAUCACCGCUCCAGUGUCAUCCAUCUGGAGCCCGGCACCUAUCUCACCAGCACCAGCACCGGCCACUCUGCCUGACCCUGCCGCCCCUACCAGCGCGUCCUGCAUGCAGCGCUCUGUGUCAUCAUCUGCGACAAGUGGAACGUCGUCCUAUCCUGUUUCCUACAGCCAGACAGCAGCAGCGUACAGCCAGGGAUACCCGGCUUCAGCAUCAGGUUCCUAUUUUGGUGGCGUUGAGUGCGGCUCAUACUUGGCACCCAUGCAUUCCCACCACCACCCGCACCACCCUCACCAGCUCAGCCCAAUGACUAGCAGCUCCAUGUCAGGACACCCACAUCAUCACAUUGGCCAGACGUCAGGACACCACCAUCAUCACCACCACCCACCGCACCACCACCAGGCAUACAGCGCACCCAGCCUCGCCUUUAACUCCACAGACUGUCUGGAUUACAAAGAGCAGACAGCUGCUUCAGCCUGGAAACUCAACUUCAACGCCUCCGACUGUUUGGACUAUAAAGACCAGGCCUCAUGGCGUUUCCAAGUGCUGUGACUUCCUGUAUUUU